UGGAGAUCAGCUGUCGGGCGGCGGCCACGUGACCCGCCCCGGGGAUAAAUGCACGGCGCGGGCCGGGAUCGGGACGUCGCCCUCCGACCCGCUUCCUCGCGUCCUAUCCGAGCCAUCGGAGCCAGCACCGCAGCCCGCACCGAGAGCUGCCGGACAGAUGGAGCAACCGCAGCCCGACAGCAUGCCCCAGGAUUUGUCUGAGGCCCUGAAGGAGGCCACCCAGGAGGUGCACACCCAGGCAGAGAAUGCUGAGUUCAUGAAGAACUUUCAGAGGGGCCAGGUGACCCGAGAAGGCUUUAAGCUGGUGACGGCCUCCCUGUACCACAUCUACGGGGCCCUGGAGGAGGAGAUCGAACACAACAAGGAGAACCCGGUGUUCGCCCCGCUCUACUUCCCAGAGGAGCUGCACCGCAGGGCCGCCCUGGAGCAGGACUUGGCCUUCUGGUAUGGACCCCGCUGGCAGGAGAGCAUCCCCUACACGCAGGCCACGAGGCGCUACGUGCGGCGACUCCACGAGGUGGGGCGCAGGGAGCCCGAGCUGCUGGUGGCCCACGCCUACACCCGCUACCUGGGCGACCUGUCCGGGGGCCAGGUCCUCAAGAAGAUUGCCCAGAAGGCCCUGGACCUGCCCAGCUCCGGGGAGGGUCUGGCCUUCUUCACUUUCCCCAACAUCGCCAGCGCCACCAAGUUCAAACAACUCUACCGUGCCCGCAUGAACACCCUGGAGAUGACCCCUGAGGUCAGGCAGAGGGUCCUGGAAGAGGCCAAGACUGCGUUUCUGCUCAACAUUCAGCUGUUUGAGGAGUUGCAGGAGCUGCUGACCCGGGACGCCAAGGACCAGAGUCCCUCGCAAGCACCAGACCUUCACAGGCGGGCCGGCAGCAGGGUGCAAGGCUCUACUCCCACAGAGACGUCCGGGGCCAAGCCCCAGCCCAGCAUCCUCUCCCAGGUGCCACUCAUCCGAUGGAUCCUCACACUUAGCUUUCUGGUGGCAACGGUCGCUGUGGGGCUUUACGCCAUGUGAACGCGAGCAUGCUGGCUCCUGGGGGCC